AUGCCGGCAGAGGUCAGAACAUCUUUUGAGGCCGAAUUGGACGCCCCAGUCUCCAAGAGAAGAGUCCCAAUCAAGAGCACCAACCCAGUCAAUCUGGACGGCCUCCUGGAGUGCUUUCAGGUGGUGAGAACUUCCCUAUACGUCUCAGUAGCCCCAUGUCACAUCGCCAAUCCCAUUAAUGGUAUAAAAGCACAGCAUUUGGAUCCGUUGAUCAUGACAUACUUUGCCAAGGGUCAGGGUGUUGUGUUGUCUUACUCCAACAUUGUUGUGAGCAAGGAGCAUCACUCUUUGGACACUGAUGACCAGCCCAUCACCAUUACCAAAGUGGGCGAUUCCACACCAUUUUCGUUUAUGUGGAUCACUGUAGACUUGCUCAUAUGGCAUCCUCAGAUUGGUGACACCUUGGAGGGUUACAUUUACAUGCAAACAGCAUCGCACAUCGGAUUGUUGGUUCACGACACUUUCAACGCAUCUAUCAAAUUCAGAAACAUCCCUCAGGAUUGGGAAUUUGUACCAAGCCAGGCAGAUGAGUUUGGCGAGUCCGAGGAGCUGACCGAUGCGAAGUCAAGCAAGUUCAGAUCAUACGGCUACUGGGCAGAUGGAUCCGGUACAAAAGUCGAGGGAAAGAUCACCUUUACUGUCAGAGCUAUCCACUCUACUGGACGUAUGCUCUCGGUGGAGGGUUCCUUGGUGUCCCCAGAAAGUGAGCUCGAUGCACAGCCUGUUUUCCAGGAACGUCGGACGUCAACUGCCAUGUCUCCAGUGGCCAACAAGCACAUGAAGUUUGAUGACGAGCCCAGCGAAGUCACUGAGAUUGCCGAGCCAACCGAUGAUGUCCUUCCCACUUACGAGAAAGAUGGUGAGAACGCAUUGAGCUCGGAUUCGGAUGACAGCUCGGAUUAG